AUGAAUACAAACUAUGCGAACAACGGCCUCUAUGCGCCGGCCCCCCCGCAGCAGCAAGUUGAGCAACCUCAAUUCAUCUCUCCUGCGCAACUUUUCCAGCAACCACUCGCUCCAUCCCUUCUCUCCCACCUCUCGCAGAACACACCCAGCGGAAGAACCCUUUCGAACCCAGCAUCCUACAACUCGAGCAGAAUGGCACCCUUAACUCCUGCGAAUACACAGCCUGAUAUGACCCAACUUCUCGUCUCGCUAGCCGAAGAAUACUUUCAGGCUGCGCAAGAGCUUGCACCCGCCGCAGCGCUUUCUAUGACGGUUGCCGACGUCGAGGCCUACGAGGGGUUGAUUGCUACGGGCCUAGGCUGUUUGGAUACGGCGCUGAAGCGCAUCAAACUGCAACCCAGGAUGGAAGCAAACAUACGGUUGAGAUUUGCAGGCGUCCUGUUUGAGGAGACGGAAAACUCGAUGGAGGCAGAGACUGCCUUGAGCAAGGGGAUUGCACUAUGUGAAAGAAAUCACUACUACGACCUCAAAUACGCCAUGCAAUUCUUGCUAGCACAAUUUAUGGCGAAGAAGAACCCGAAGGCUUCUAUGAAAGCUCUGGAUGGCCACAUAUCUGAUGCACAAACGUACCAACACUUUUCCUGGGUCUAUGUAUUCCGCUUCCUUCGAGCAUCACACGCAUUAGAAUCCGGCAGUCUUACAGAUCACCAUGCCGCCGUACAAAAUCUCCGAGCUGUAGCGAAUCUUGCGAAGCAACAAAACGAUAAUGCUAUACAUCUCACGGCAUCUCUUAUGGAAGCGCUGGCAUUUUUGAAGAUUCCGGGUCCCGAGUCCCUCCAGCAUGUUCAGACGGCGCUUGCCCAGGCUCGGAGCUAUCAACACGACGAAAGCUGCAAUAUUCCGCAACUCAUUGGCUUGACCCAUAUCCUCGACGUGUCUUGCGCUAUUAUAAAGGGAAACUCGGUUGAGAUGCUCACCAAACUAAAGGACAUGCAAAAUAUGAUGGAUAAAGCACUUCACGAGAACACCUGGGGCACAACGAAUGACACUUUUGCUAUUCCAAUUAACAGAACCCCGAAGAGCUCGCACACUGUCAGUCAAGACACCCGAAUGAUCUUGGGUAUUGGAAAUGAUGGCGGGGACAACCUCAUGAUGACAUUUCUGGGCAAGAAAGAUGCCUAUUCCAUCACGUAUCUACUAUGUGGAAUGGUUCUCCUACACAAAAACUCCAGUGACCAAAAAGGGCUUAAAUACUUGCAGGCUGGCUUGGACUCCUUGGAAGGGGACAUACGAUCAGCCAGAUCUUCCUCCGGCCUUCUUCCAGAUCUCGUGUCAAAACGCCAAUGGCGUGGCGAGAUUUCAUGUUAUUUCCGGAUCUAUAUGGCUUUCUGCUGUGCCGGACUCGCGAAUUGGACAGAAACAAAACGAUAUAUUGACGACCUCAGGACCACCGUGCGUAAAUUCGAAGUGUCGUUGACAGGCCCAUUAGCCAGUCUUGCUCUUUACCUCGAUGGAAUUUACCAUCAAGGUAUCGGAGACUUUGAUACCGCUCUACAGAUCUUCGGGGAUCCCAAGCUCAGCUUGACCACAGCCAAGAGUACCGCGUUGACUUCGGCGGACCAAGUCGAGCGUGAUAUAGCUAUUCUUGCUACACUCAACUCCCUCUGGAUCGUGCAGGACAAAGGACUGCAAAAUCCUGAUCGAAAUUUGUCAGUCAAGGAGAAGCUCGAGCCGGUUUGCGUAAAUCACCCGAAUCCGGACAUCAGGAUGGCAUUUCACCUCGUUGGCGCAACAGUUCCAACGAAUCCUCCGCUCGAAUUAAUCGAGAUCAAGAGCCGGCUGAGAUCAGCAUUGGCUUGUGGAAACACAACUGCCAAUAUACAUCAGAUGUGCAUAUGUCUUAGCAUCAUGUGUAAUCGCUUCUUCAAUGGUGUCAUUGGUCCACAAGCGGAAAAGAGUGCGAAAGCUGCCUCUGUCCAAGCAACCAGGUCCGGCAACACUCUUUGGAUGAGUGUAACUGAUGGGAUGCUGGCCCGGUGCUAUGAGGUGCAAGGGAAAACGCAAGAUGCGCAAGCUAGUAUGGCGUCGGCACAGAAGUAUGCAGACCAGGCGCUACCCGGUGUGUAA